AUGUGCGAUACAACUAAAUCUACGUCAAAGGAUGACGAGGAUAUUGAUAUUUAUUCUGAACUACCAAACUUCAAAUAUGACGAAAACUUGCUCAAGUUGGAAGAGGAUAAUAAGGCGCUCAAAUCCAAGGUUGCUGAACUUAUGAACAAAUUGAAAUCAUUGGAAACUCAGCUUCAGACGUGUGAAAAAACAAAUGCCAUCUACCGCAGGAAUAUCAGCAUGUUAUUCUUAUCGGCUAAACGUGAAAUUCAGCGUAAGGAUAGGACAAUUUCAGAAUUAAGAUCUAAGAGUUUCCAUGAAGCGCGUCGUGAUUUUCCCAGAAGAACCAGAAAUGAAGCGGUUGGCAGACGGAACAUACCUAAAAAUUUGGAAGACGAGAAGACCAGACCUCCUCCAGCUACUAGUGAACCUCCUGUGAAGGAGGUCACCAAGAAUUUCAGAAAGAAGAAAGUCGCCGACAAUGAAACCUCAGAACAAUGUGCAUUGAAUGAUCGUAAUAGCGACAUACCCAAUGAUUUAAACAAUCAGAAUCUUGAAAGUGGAUCACAGUUCCUUCCCAAUGAAAGUGAAGAAAUUUUGCCGAAAUUAGAUGUCAAUCCAAGUAUUUCAGAAUCAGACAAGGAGAAUCAAUCUGAAAAUGAGUUGAUGAAUGCGAAGAAUGCUGCUGAUGACAAAAAUCCAAGUUAUCAAGAUUCAGAUAGGAGUACAGAUAAAUCUGAAAAACUCAUAAGCAGCGAGUCAUCUGCUGAAAAUGUACCAGCAGAAACUAAUUGCGCUGAUAAUGGAAAGUCAGAUGAGGAGGUGUCAUCAGCAGAUUGUACUGAUCCGAAUUUGUUGACUAAUAAUAAGGAGAACCAGAUCCCAGUUAUCAGUAUUACAAUCUGUGACACACCAGAAUCGGUCUCAGAUUCGUUGAAGGAAUCUGUCAAAGAAAUUGAAAGCUGUGUUAGUGAAAGUAUUGAAGAUUUGAACCAAAUAACUGAAAUUGAAAAGGGUUGUCAAGCAGAUGGUGAAAAACCUAUAGACGAUCAAGAUAGUAUAAAAAUUACUUGUAAUGAAAAAUCAGUAGAUGAUCAUGACAGUACAAAAAUGACUAAUGACAUGAACCUCAAUACUACUAGUUGUAGUGAUUUGCAAGUGCGGAAUGAAGGCAGUUCGAAAGAUAGUGAAAAGGAAGCUUGUAGUAAUGAAAAUGCGAGUGAACAGUUGAAAUUUAGCACUAAUACAUCUCAACAAGAGAAUGAAAAUGUUGUUCUCUCUUGUGCAAAUGUGCUUUUGUCAUUGAGUACCGAAUUUGAAUUCAGUGAAGGUAUUGAAGGAGACAAAACUUGCUGUGAGGCGUCUAGUAAUAAUAUGAAAUUAAGUUCUGAAAUUGGAGAGUCAGAAUCAAGUGUGGAAGUGCAGGAAAUGAAUGCUUCCUCAGAGGAAUUGAAUGCUUCCUCAGAGAAAUUGAAUGCAUCAAGUGUGGAAGGGCAGGAGAAGAAUGCUAUAUUGGAUGAAUUGAAUGAUACAAGUGUGAAAAAUCAUGGAGAUAAUGCUACAGUAGAAAAAAUGGAUGAAUCAAUUUUAGAAGAGCAGGGAAAGAAUUCUUCGGUAGAUAAAUUGAAUGAAUCAGGUGUAGAGGGACAGGAAAACGAUACUAGAGUAGAAAAUCUUGAUGAUGUUGUAGUACACACUGAAGUAAAAGGACAAGAAACCGUUGGAGAUACAAACCUCAAAGAAGUUUUAAUCACAGAUUGUGGAUUCAGUGCAUUUGAAAAGUCUGAUACUCCUGAAAUUGAUGAUCCACCUGCCGAUAAAUCUGAUUCGAAGCUUACAGUUGAAAAGCCGAGAAUCAUUGACAACAUUUCAUCAUCUCUGCACACUUUCAAUUCGGCUCUCGAUUUCUCGAUAUCAACAACUAAUACCAACUCUCUGAAUGCAGACAACAUAUUUGAACAACAAAGACAAAAAGCACAGCUAUCAGAGUCCAGUUUGCAGGUUGUUAACGCUUUGAAGAAGCUCCCAAAAAUAAGAGAAAAUUUCUUACAGCUGUUUGGAGAGUCAUCCAAUCAGGAGAAUCUGAAGGAUUCUGAAACUGGAACUCCAUCAAAAGAGAACGACGGUAAGCAAUGUUCCACUGCUGCAAUCAGCAAAGAAUUGAAAUCGUUGUCUUGUUCUUCAUCUUUAUCCUCUUCUUCCACUUCUUCAUCGUCGAUGUCUUCGUCCUCCUCCUUUAGGACACGAGAGAAGUCCAGUGAGAGUGCCAUUCCUCAGGUUAUCAGACUUUUUGGCAUUGAUAUCACUGAAGAGCAUUCUCCCUUCCAUGUCUGCAAAUCAUCGUCCCAGAACUCUAUAAUGGAAGAGAAGGUAGAUGAAAUCUCCCACUCCACUGACACUAAACGUUGUAGGAAAACAUCCACAGAUAGACCUACAGAAGGAAAUAAAUCUGAAACUGUUACAAGUAAGACUAAUACUGUUGUUGUAAUAGAACAGGUUGAUGCAGUCCUAGAAAAGAAAUCUGUGAAAACUGAUUGUUCGCUUACACAAGUGGUUAUUGAAUCAAAGAAAAUCUCUGAAACAAAAAUUGUUGAAUCACAGGGUCAAAAUCUUCUACAAGAAAAACCGGUAAUUUCUAAGGAGAUAAUCUGUGAAGAGCCCGUUAUAUUUCCUGUGCCAAUAAUUAUUGUUGAUAAAGCUUCAGAUGAUAAAUCAGGAAAUAAGAAAGCUUCCUCACAAGACAAUAGGGCUACUGGAGAGUAUUACUCGAACUUCACUGAAGCUCUUCGAAAUGAGACAAAUGUCAGUAUUGCUAAAACUGAUGUUUCUCAGCCUGAAUUCCAGUUUGAGUCGCCGAGUAGGUAUAUUAUGAGAAUCAACAGUAACUCGGUAACCAGUCACAAGGGUUUCGAUAUUACACAGUCACAGUCCAUCACUGGUGAGGACACCCUAACAAUGGUAGAUCAGCCGAAGUCUGUUCCUGAAGAGGAAAUGAAAACUAACCUUGACUUUAUUGCUAAGAAAGAUAAAGUAAGUGUGUCUCUGAGUAGUGAACAUUUCGAAUUCAGAAAAAGACGAUCUUCACGACCUGUUGUGAAAAUUAAUCGUAGUAGUUUGCCAAAUAAACAAGAGGUGGAUAAAUCCAAGGCUGUAACUGAUGAACAGAAUAAAGCAAAAGUUAACAAUACGGCUACAAUUCCUUUAAAAAGUGAUAAACAAGCUGCCACUCCUGAAAAUGACAAACUAGCUAAAAGUCCGAAAAAUAACAUAUCAGUUAGAAGUCCAAUAAAUGACAAACAAGCUGUAAGUCCACAAGAUGACAAAUCAGCUAAGAGUCUAAAGAGAGGUGCUAAAAGCCCUAAAAGUGUCAAACAAAAUCUUGGAAAACACUCUAUAACCUCUUCAAAAAAAGGUAUAAAAAGUCAAAUGUCUCCUUCGGCUACAAGACAAGAUUCCAUCCAAAAACAACCUCUAUCUUCCCCCUCUCCAAGAAGUAAUCCAACUAAAGAAAAAUCGACUCCUGAGCCGGCGAGGAAAGAGUCCAUUGAAGAGAUUAAAGACAAGAAACAUCUAUCUUCAGUAAGAAAUGCUCUUAAUCAACUGAAACGCCCACUUGUACCUUCGAGAAAUGACUCAAUCCAAAGAACACAGGGAUUCAAGAGGAGACGUGUUGUUAUCAAUCCAAUGGCUCAAAAUGAUUUAAUUAAAUUGGGAUCCAAGCCUACAAAUGAAACACCAAAGGUUGAGAAUAGUGUGAGAAACUGUGAAACUACAAACAUCGCGAAAGAUGCUUCACCUAUUGCAUCGUCAUCUGGAUUAGAACGUUUGCAAAGUUCAUCAGGGUCAGCCGACUCAAAACCUAGUUUGAAAAGAAUCAAUGACGGCAGUCAAUUAGGUCCAGCGAAAUUGAUGAAGUUAGAUAAUUGUGUAGUGGUAGCACGAAGCAAAGAUUCAUCAGUUACUGGUAAAGUGGUGGAUGAAUCAAAAACGAGUCAACAAAGACAUAGGAAUGCAGGAAAAUUCGACUCAAGGACUAGAUCCACCACGAAAGUGUCAGACGCUGUCAGAUCAUCGAACAGAAGCGGACUAACCGAUGUGAAGAGUGACGUUUGUGAGCGUAGGAGCCCUUCAGAGUAUUUCAAUAGAAGUAUCAACAGACGGUACAGGGGUUUGCUCAGAGAUAGAAAACUUAGGGGCCGAUCGCCUCUUGUAUCUAGGAGAAGGGUCGAUAAAAAUAUGAUGAAUAUGAGAGAAACAAGAGAGAGAGGUGAUAAUAGAACUUCAGCGAGAGUAGCAGAAAGGUCUGUCGACAAUGAUGUGCAAAGAAGCUCUACAUUGAAUUUUGUGGAGUGGAAACUGAAGCCAAUUGAUUUCCGACGGCAGAGAAUAGGUAGUUUAUUUGAAAGGUUAGUUUCAGAGAAGGUUCUAGAGAAACUUGAUAAACCUAGAACGUACAUUAGAGCUGAUCCCGGGGAGGCAACUCCACCUCCUAUGGUAGUACCAUGUUCCAAUGAUAACAGGGUUCUUGUUGAUCAGGCAAAUCGAUCCAAUCAAAUACUAUCAUCCCCGGAUCUGUCUAAUCGAUCGUCACAAGCUACUAAUCAUCCAGACACUCCAAAAUCAACCAAUAAUACACUAGACCCAGCUACAAGUGAAAUCAUCUCUCCUAAACCUGCCUCACAACCAAACAAAGUAGUCAUCAUUCGAAGGAGAAGUAACAAUGCUCCCAAAGUAUUGGGAGACUCAGUGGGCACUUUUGUUAAAACUAGCUCUCAGGUGGUGGUGGGUGGAAGGGGAGGGGUUAGCUCUGUGUCACGUGAGAGCGACCAACACCAAUCACGUACAACUUGCAACAUCUCACAUGGUCCAGCUCCAGCUCCAGAUAAGAACGAGCAACUUCCACCGGAAAACGACCACUGCACUGGAAUGCUGUCUGCUUAUGAUCCCUCCUCCCACUUGCCUCUUGCCUACCGCUACCAAAGUUCUUGA